AUGUCAUCCAAUCUCCCGCACAUUCUUCAAUUUGCGACCGAUAAAGUGUACGUGUAUCAACAUUAUAUCUCCACGGGAAAGAAAGUCCCUAUCUCAUCGCUCGCAUAUCGCCUUUUUUAUGAGUUUGUUAUAGAGGAAUUAGAGUCGCUGAAAGAGGUGCGCAGCAUAUCCAUUGAUAUUUCUCAAGACAGAUUAGUUAAUAAGCUUACCUAUAUCCUCAGCAAGCUAGAUUACAGAUUAUAUCUAGACAUAAAACUUAUCUAUCCUGAAGAGACAGAUGAAAAGUACCUGAAACAGCUAUGCCACUUCAUUCGUAAGAUUAAGCGUACGCAGUCUGACGCUCGUAGCUAUCAAAUAGUAUUUUCCCACGGCUGUUCGGUAGAAUCCGCCGUUUAUCUGGUAGACUUGAUUUUCGUUUUAUCUCUUUUGCAGUUAGUUAAUGUUGAGUACAACGAUGGCAAUCUGUUUACAUACCCAAAAAUCUCGAUAAAGCUUGGUGAGCAGCUGAUCAAGGAUGGUUUGUUCUUGUGCUAUCAACCAGAGUUGCCAGAGAUGCUACUAACCAAGGGGGGAGCGAUAGGAAGAUCGGGAAGGUUAGAAAUGCGACGGUUAUCCACCUUGCCGCUUAUGAAGAUCGUGCAGCAAAUCUCCCAGUACCACGGUCAGCAGGGGGUUCUUCCCAUCUUUCUAUCAGAUACCAUUGUAAGUUUCUCUCUUUUCCUCCAUCAUAUCAACGUGACAGAAGUGAGUGAUGGUGAUGAAAAGCUUAAGGAGACGCUACUAUACUUGCAGAAGGCUCUCAAUCCAUCCUACCUUCCCUAUCCAUUCGACUCCCUUUUACGAGAUAUGCGGAAGAGGAAGCAGAUGACCUAUUCUUCCGAGAAGCGGUGGGUUUAUGUGCCUCCGUACGAGAUUUGGUCCAAGGCAGAUUUGCUGAAGAACAUAGUUUGGUUUCCGAGCGGCAUAAGGCUAGCUGAGAUCCUUCCUCAGCUGGACAAAUCUUUGGAAACAGAGGAGAUGAUUUUGAAGUCAGGAAAUGAUACGUCUAUGCAAGUGUUAUUCACGGCUCUUCUGAAUGAGCUGGAAAAUAGCAUGUUGAGAGACAAGGGGGACCUGUCCCAAACAAGCAUACCAGACCUCUCUGUUGCCGACACACAGCUAAGCACCGAUCAGGUUACUCAGAAAUUUAGUCAAAUUUCAUACAUUCCUGGAACCUCUAAGAACGCUACUCUGGCUCAAUCCCAGACGAGUAAUGUGGUGCGAGGGGCAAGCACUGCACAGGUAAGUGUAUCGGCAAAGUUGGAAGACCAUCCUUCGUACAGACUCAUUAUUGCGCCCAUGCUAGAGUCACGUGAACUAGCUCAGUGCAACAUUGCUCUACCAUCGGGCAUAGAGACCUUUAUCUUUUCUCGGGUCUCGGCCUUGAGCUAUACCCAUAAGACACUAGAGGAGGGGCCAAACAAGCAGCGUGAGCGACGGCCUGUCUUCGGAAAGCUCACAAAAGCAAUGAGAGGUUUCAUCUUUAGACGCCGAAAGGAGAUCUUCCCGGCGGCCGUCCCUGAACUGGAGAAAAUGCAGGCGGAUCUUCGGCAGCUCCUCCGGAUAGAUGCUACCACACAACAGACUAAGGCUCGCUUUUCACACGCCCGGCAAGUCAAGGAGUGGGAGAACACACACAUUACCGAGGAGUGGUAUCUAAAGUGUAAGGAGGAUCGGGUGACGCAGUAG